AGAGGAAGGUGUGAAUGGGUGGGCCUGUUGCACGGUCAUGAACAUGCAUUUAUCUGCUUGUGUAGGCAUUUGUGUUUUCCACGUGUUUUCUGAUUCCCAUUUAUGUAGAUUCCACUUCCAACCUACUCGAAUGGAAUAUGUCACGUUCUGAAAGACAAAAGAUUUUUUUCUCAUUUUGAAAAACUAGAAAACUAGACUUAAAUGUUGCACUUAUUUCGUCCCACAUUUCUAAAACAUGCAGAUUUUACUUUGCCUGUCAUUUGAAGUAAUAUUACAGGAGAUUUUGAGUGGUCUGACUUUUUUUUUUUUAGACCCCACUGGAGUGUGCUUUCUCAAACCGUCCGCCCACCUGUGGGCUUUGUGAGUGAUGGUUAUCUUUCACUCUCACUGUGGGUCUCGCUCUCACUGCAUUUCAGUGGGUCUUCUUGCACCUCUCUGGAUGUGCAGUUGUCACCUCUGAAGUGGCCAGAGACGGUGUGCGCACAUGGCUCCGGGUAAAGUUUCGUAUCCUUCAGUAUUCGUGGUGGACAGUAAAAUGAGGCCCCCUCCGCUGCCCCCCAAGCCGGGUCGUAGACAGCGGAAGGAUGUGAUCCAGACUCUACUGGUGAUCCUGGUGUGUGUGGCUCUAUGUGGCAUGGCCGUGGAGGCCUGUUUCAUCUACCAUCUGUUCACAUCAAAAGAAAACUCUACACAUCCAGAUGAACCACAGAUUGGCAUGAGAAAACAAGAGAAAGAACAUGAUGUAGCCCCCCCAAAAAAAACGCUUGGAGAAAUGAAGCCAUCAAAACCAAUGGCACAACUGACAACUGGUCAGAAAACUGUUAAUGGAGUCGUGCUGUGGCAUGAGAAUCAUCAAUCCGUUCUUCACCAUGUCAAACACAAGGCAAAUGAGGGCAAACUCAUCAUAGAGAAAGAAGGAUAUUAUUUUGUCUACUCUAAGAUCAACUUCAGGGAGGACAACAUCAUAUUCACCCACUCUGUACUCUGGGUAACACAUCGAUAUGUCGGAAUGGAGAUUCCGCUUCUCCAGUCCUCUAGGUUACAUUCCAAACUGUGGUUGAGAACCACAGACAACAGCUACCUAAGCGGGGUGUUUCAUCUGUACAAAGGUGAUGCUGUCUUUGUCAGGGUGAAAAACUGUACACUUGUGUUGUCCAAUGCUGCCGAAAACUACUUUGGUGUGUUCAUGGUUUAGAUGGAUUCAGGGGACAGACUUUUACCAUACGACUAAUGUGCGAGUUGUAUAAGUUCACAGCUAGAUCUGAUGGAAGACUAAACUAUUAAUAAUCACUAUACUUAGUUUUCCUUUAAAAGUGUGCCUUUCAAGUAAUUUUUCUAACUGAAAACAAGCGAGAAGGAAUCAAACUUUUCUUGAUUUUGAUAUAUCUACCACUCACUCUAUAGUCUACUAGUAUAUAUACUAGUAGACUAUAAUUUUUUUACAGUGUAGAUCAACAGAGUUGCAGGUGCUACACACAGGCAGAAACAUUAUGUUAAAAAAAGAAAAAAAAAGAAAAGUGAAUUGGUAAUUUAACCAAAGAUUAUUGCAAUAACUUUUACAAGAGAAUAUAAUUUUCACGUUUAAUUCAGUGUGUUACUUGUUGUUUCUUUGCAAGUUAUUUGUGAAAUUUACUUACUAGUUUCUAAGUGAAAACUAAAAUUUUUAAGUAAAUGAUGAGUGAAUUGUCAAGUUCACUUAACUUAAAAAAAAUAUAUUAUAUACUUAAUAAUUUUAAGGCAACAGAUUUCAGAAGUUAAGUCAACUUAUCACUUUUUACAGUUGUAGUAUCCUUGAUGAUUUUAAUUUGAUCUUUACAGUUUGUGCGGCAUAUUUAGCAUACAUUGUUUUCUGAGCAACAGGUGUCUAAAUUAAUAAUAAUUAUAUUUUUUUGUUCUGGGAGAUGAAGAUGAAUGUUUCAUUGCACCUUUAAUUUGCUCAAAAUAUAUAAAAUAAUACUGCUGCAAUAUAUUGCAACUCCUUUUGUAUGUUGCUUUGCACAUCUUAAAUAUUAUAAUUUACUUUUAUUAUUAUUAUUAUUAUAUUUAAUUAAAUUAAAUUAAAUUAUAUGUCGUUUUUGAAGACAUUUCUCACAUACAGUGGGGACCAAAAGUCUGAGACAACAUUGAUUUUUUUUUUUUUUUAAUUUGCAAUUAAACGGAAGCAUUGAUAGAGUUUGUAGUGUGUGAUUUAGUAAUGAUGAUAGUAAACACUUGCUCGGUUUGUUUGAACAUCCUGAUACAGCAAAAUUGACUCCCACUCAAAUAUGUAAUUGCAAAAUAAAAGCACAAACAUGCAAUACAAUACAGAUUGUGUUUCAGACUUUUGGACCCCUAUAUAUCUCACAUUAGGUAUAGGAGUACAUGAUUCUGGAUCUGCACAGGGGCAGUAAUUUAUUUGACUGAUCAUUAUCUUUUUGCAUCAUCAGCAUAAAACUUUAUUUCAGGUAUAUUAAAUGAAUGUUUAUUGUCUAUUUUUAAUAUAUUUCCUACUCAAAAUAAAGCUACGACAAACCUCAGUCUGCUCAUUAUUGUGCUGUUAGAUAAUAAGCAUUAUGUUAAUUAGUCACUUGCAUGCAGAUCAACAAUGCUGUGGUUUGACCUUUUCCUGCUCGUCCACUACCGUGGCACUUAAAUAUUGCUUUACGUGCAUUUUUUGAAUUCAUAAUGCAAAUUUUUUUCUGACUCAUCUUAUCCUUUGAUCUCCUCGGUGCGGAGAGACUUGAGUCAUAUGUUUUUUGAGAUGCAACCUGUUCACAUCUGUCAUAUGACAUCAGCACGAACAUUUCAACAACUUCAGUGAAAUGAGUUUGGAGAAAAGCUUGGUUGUGCACACAGCUGCGUUUAUCGUUUGAAUCAGGGCCCGUUUUAUUUUAUCUUAUUCUAAGAAGCUUUUCUUCAUGAACGCCUACGCUGCUGUGUAUUCUUAGCAGUGCUAGUAAACUGCAGAGGAAAUGGGGGUGGGGGACGCUACCCGUGUACACAGGUACGAGUUUGGCUGUUUCGCUGACUCAGAUCUGUCUGUCUGAACACUGAAGCUUCUCUAACAAGCUUGAUGGAAGAUUCCAACCAACACAGCAACAGCAGCACAUGUGCCAUAUCACAAUUUAGACAAAGUGAAUUGGUAGGCCCAAACUUUCAUGACAUUAUCGCUUUCAGAAAAGAAAAGAGUUUGGUGGUUUUGCGUAGUAAGAUGAUAUUUGAUGUUGCAAUUUUAGAAACGCUUUGAGUGGACUGAUUCUGAAUAGGAAGGUUUUCUUGCAUAUGCGUUUGUACAUCCAUAGACUUUUCUUGUGUUGAUGUGUGCAUAUGUGUUGUGUAUAGUUCCUUUGUGGGUGUAUAUGAUCCAGUGCAUGUGUAUGUUUCUUCUGUUUUGGUAGGGUGAAACCGAUAGUUAUUUGACUGGAUUUUCCUGCCCUUUCAAUUUCCACUAUAUAGUAUCUGUAAAAGGUGUGAUUUUUCUUUACAGAGACUGACGAUUAAGAUCAGAAGUGUUGCUGAUUUCAAGGAUGGCGUUAAUGAAAAAUAUAUAUAUUUUUGCAAAUUAAAAAUAAAGCACAAUGAUUACUCGAAUUCAGAUGUCAUAUCAAGUUACUGAUCUUAUUCAGCAUACAAAAAAACAACUGAGUCUCUUAAGGGAAUAGGUCAUCUCGGUCACUAUUUGCUCCACAAUCAACAUCGUAAAAGCAGACUUCGUAUGACAGCUUUGUGUGAGGAACAGAAUUAAAUUGAAGUCAUUACUCACUGAUUUUUCACUCUCAAAUCUCAUUGUUGACUGAAUUCAGAUAAAAAAAACAGGGACCUUAAAACAAGACAUGCCGGCUUUGCAGAGAUCAUUGCACCGUCUGUUUCAAAACGUGCAAUAAAGAAUGAGAAUUGAGAGCUGCAGCGAAUGGGAAAACCUGAUUCAUAACAUAAAUUUCAGAUUAUGAUCACGCAAAGCUAUCAUAUAUUUUUAUAAGAUG